AUGGCACCGCCCUUCUUGGAGCUUCCUCUGGAGAUACGCCUUGCUGUGUACGAGACCUAUCUUGCUGACCAUAGGGUUGUCGCUCGGGCCCAGCAGCCUGACAAUACGCACUUGCGCCUACUGCGAGUUUGUAAGCAGAUGGCGGCAGAAUGCGAGGUGGUAGGAUUCAAGCAGUAUGCGUCCCUAUCGCACGAGGAUCAGAUCCUGAGCUUCCUCAAAUGCUCGGAUUCCCGUCUGCACUCGAGAAUCACCUGGCUUGAUGCUGCAAACGAUGCCCGUGUAGUUGGCUCAUCUUCAGCUCAGUAUCAUGUCUCGUGGCUGCACAGAUGCAUCACCGAACUCGCCAAUCUACAAACUCUGCGUGUCUUCGACUGUCAUCGCGCGGUUGCGCUUCAUCGUCGCAGCGGCUUAGCGCACAUUCUGGGAUCUCGCGUGCAAUGGGCCUUCGAGCGUGCACUGUUUGAACCAGGUCCACCACCUCCUCAGCUUUCUGCCUACCAGCUCUUUAUCACAUCCCUCCAGCCUGCCAGUAUCUUCCAACUCGCUGAGACUGAGGCCGUACAAUUCCUGCGUCUCUCGGGAAAUGUUUCCCUGUGUACGACUGAUCUCCCGACACUUCGACACCUAUCACUCGUGGAGGUCACUAGUACAUUCUUCGAGCGCAAGGUGGAGGGAGUCUUUCGCAGGAGCCCGCUUGAGUCGUUCGUGUACGACUAUGGCCAGUCGCGCGCGCCUGCAUUCGAGAUGCAUGACGACUUCCUCAAGGAAGUGAUCCAGCCUCACGGCGUCACACUCAGACAGAUCGUCCUUCUAAACUGCAACAAAGUCACCACUGCUGCUCUACGCGACUGCCUUGCCGAUUUGCCACGCCUCAAGUACUUCGCCCUAUCCUUCGUCACGACAAGGGAACUCGAUAGUGCAUUCAUUCGCGUACUUCCGCCAUCCCUGGAGGUCUUCAAGAUAGCUAUCAGGACAGGCAAAUUCCAGAUCCCAUUGGAGGCGGAGGAGAGCUCAUUAUGCGACGCCGUCAAAGUCAACCUGCUCGUGCGCGUACCACCACCGCGUAGCAUCUCUAUUGAUCUGCGAGACGCGGUGGUGGGAGAGCGCAUUUCGAGUUGGUUUGCCACGGCUCGCCAGCGACGUGUCCACUUGCACUUCGGACCAUGGAAAGUGAUAUCGGACGAACUGGGAAGACCAUGCGAUUGA